AGAACGAUCUUACAAUUAUGACAGCGGAAAAUGGUAUGGGCACAAGCAUAUCAAUUUCAUGGGAUGCAACUCGAAACUCUCUAGCUUCAAGAAACUGGGCCUUUUUAUGUGGCUCUCUUAUAUUUGUCUGGUGGUUGUCGACGCUGCUGAAACCUCUUCAAGGUCUGAUUUUCUACAGAACAGACCUGACAAGGGUUUAUUUUAUUUUCAUAAUGCUACUGGUAAUUUUGUUGUGGACAAAGAUGGAAAUUGUUUUGAUACCACGAGACUUAUGAUGGACGAUGCAGCAUUUGAUGUAGAUGAAUGGUACCCCGUUAUAAAUUAGUCAGAACCAGAACAAAUCAACAUUUAUUCAGUGAAUGGAAGUUUGAUAGAGACUGUUUCUAAUCCUUAUCUCAGGAUGAUGAGAGCAAUAUAUCACACCAUGCCAAAAGGUUAGGAUGCGAGGAUGUUGCGCUGGUGGUUACUCGAAAAGAGAUAACAAACCAGAAGACAACAGAGAACGUGUACUGGAUCCACAUUACGUGGAAGAUCAAGAGCAGAACCAAAUCGUAUUCUUAGAAGACGCGAUACACCAUGACAGGAAAGAUGUCAUAAUAGGACGGGAUGCAGGUGGGAUACCAGCCAGUCAACAAUGGUAACUUGUCUUUACCGCGGGAGUGGCUGGAACAGGCUUUUGGAGGGUUAUUGAUUCCCUUGUCCAAGAUUAUCAUAACAGCGGUUAUUGGAAAACUUGCCACAAUCAGUUGGCAACAUGGUUGCAUGAUAAAUAUAAAGUGUCUUUUCAGACAAGAAAUUCAGGAAACUGCGGUACAACAGCUCAAACAGCAACCAUACAUGAUGCCUUAAUUGUUAUAGUAAGGAAAUGGGCUCGUGAACAGAGAGGGUCAUAGGUUGCGCAGUAUUAGAUCAUGAAGGUGCAGGCAGGUUGAGUUUGCGAUGACAUCGACUGGUAGGCCAGCCUACACUGUGGACUGUAGCAACAGCUGUUCUAUGCUUGCGAAGGCAAUGAAAAAGGUGAACCUACAUAUGAUAAAGUACAGUCUAUGACACGACGAGCUAUAGGCAAUUGUUUUGGGAUGUAGCGAUAAAAGUUGGUUUUAUAAAAUGAAUAGAGUGUAUAUGAUGGUUCCUAAUACAAUACUUUUUGAUCU